AUGGACUCCACAAAGAUAGUACUAUCCGUUUUUACCGCCGUCGGUGCUCUCGCACUGUUGCACCUCCUCUUCAUAGCCUGCCAACAUAUCUACACCUUGUUCCUCCAUCCCUCCAGUCUACCGACAUAUCUCGAUAAAACCAAAGGCUCGUAUGCCCUCGUCACAGGCUCCACGGAAGGCACAGGAACCGAAUUCGCCCGGGAGCUGUGCAGAUACGGCUUCAACAUCGUCCUCCACGGCCGAAACCCGGAGAAGCUAUCAAACGUCGAGGCCAGUCUGAGGCGUGAAUUCCCGCUCGCCAAAUUCCGCCAGUUCAUCUUCGACGCUUCACAGCCCACCCACUCCCUCGAAGAGGCCGUUACCAGAACGCUCAACGACAUCCCUCUCUCAGUCCUCGUGAACAACGUCGGGGGCACCGGUGGCCAGAUCCGUUCGCAGUAUACAACUCUCAAGGGCCACACGAACGAUGAGGCGGACCGCAUAAUCAACGUCAACAUGCGAUUCAUGACGCAACUCACUCGCGUCCUUCUUCCACUCCUCGAGCGCCAUACCCCAGCGCUCAUCAUAAACAUCUCCUCCGUAACCUCUGUGGGAAUGCCCUAUCUGACCGUCUAUGCCGGCACAAAGGCGUACAUCCAAUCGUUCACGAAUGGAUUGAACAUGGAAAUGAAAGCGGAGGGUAAAAAGAUCGAUGUGAUGUCCAUGGUUCUUGCCAGCGUGCAAACCGCAGGAAAUCCUCUGGGGCGCGGGUUUUUCGUCCCGACGCCAGACAAGAUCGCACGCUCUUCGCUGAGACGGGUUGGCUGUGGCUGCGUUUCAGUCACCCCGUAUUGGCGUCACCGCAUGCAGAAACUGGCAAUGGAUAUUCUUCCCGCGGCAUUGGUGCGGCGGUUGGUAGUUUACAACGUUAAGUUCCUCAAGGCUGAAGCGGACGAGCAAGAGAGGAGGAAAGCGACGAAACCUUCCGAGUGA